UGUUUUUCUCCGUAGCUGAUGUUGAGGUUCUAAAGAGUUGGAGAUAUCCCAAAAGAAAAAAAAAAACUAAAGGUGAAAAGAGAGAGAGAGAGAGAAAUGGGUUCUUGUGCAUCGCUGCAUAAGAGCUCUCAAGAGUCAGUCAUGAAAGUUGGACUCUCUUUUGGGUCUAAAACAGACAAUCUCAUCAUCCCACCUUCAUCUGCUAAGGACAAACCCCAUGCUGCCAAUGGUAGAAAAGAUGAAACUUUUUUUGACUUCCGAGCAUACCUGGAUUCGGAUUGUGAUGACGAUUUCUUCAGUGUCAAUGGUGAUUUCACUCCAUCUCGUGGUAACACCCCUGUUCAUCAUAAUAGCUUCUCUGCCGGGGCACCAAGAAUUUACAAGGCCACUGAAGAAGGAUCUUCCGGUUCAGCUUCGGAAAUAUCCCUAGGAAAGAAAAAGAAGCUGGUCGAUCUAUUCCGUGACAACACUAAAGAAGAUCACGAUGUCAACGAGCUGAAUACCUUGAUCAACCAGGACACUGCCAAUGGAAAGCUAAAAGUCAAACCAACAAUCCAAGACGUACUACCUCCGAAAUCUGCCGAUGGCACUCCUCGUAUCUCUCGAGCUAACUCCCGGUGCAGUAGUGAAAGGACUGCGUAUGGAGAUAACCUUAUGCUUAAGGAGAAACCUCUUAGGUCUACGCAACGUUGCCUUCCUAGCUUGGUUUCGUGCGGUAGCUUUAAUGAGAGGAAGAAGAAAAUGAACCCUGCAAUGGACGUAAAUUAUAAUCCUUAGUUCCCAUCGAUAUCCCGGCACUUAGGUUGAAGAAGCCUGGAACUCGAGUCCCAGAGAUCGUGCUCGCAAGGUAAAAGUUUUGUUGGAUAUAACGAAGUCUCGGGGAACCAUAGUUACAUAUUGGAUUUUCAGAUUCAAGCAAUGUAAAAAGCAUUACAGCAAAUACAUGGCUUAUGAAAAGUAUU